UCUCUACUGCCUGCAAAAAACGCGAAUCUCUCUCUCUCUCUCUCCACGAAGCGAUUAGGCGAAACGGAUCCGAACCAGAAAAAUAACUGAAAAAAACCCUAACCCUAGCCGCUGUAUAUCCCUCUUUCAAUUGCUCCUUUCCCUUUCUCUACAAGACUGAUACUGUAGCUAGGUUUGGGAUUCCUGGAGUGUUUUCGAUUAUGGAAUGUGUAGGCCGUUUUGGCGUUAGCAGUGGCGGUGGUGGGCGUUGGCGAUGACCGUCGGCCGAUGCCAACGGCGGAAGAAGAUGAUGGGUAGAGGUGCAGAUGGAGGAUGCGGCGCGGAAGAGAGGUCUUGUCGCCCUAUUUCUAGGGUUCCGGCCAGGAUUCCGACGGGUCAGCUUGAUAAUUUCAAGAAACAUGUGUCACGUGACAUGGAUUUCUUCUCUCAGGCGCGCAAGACCCUAUGCGAGCGUUCGCCUUAUGAUGUUCCGGAGGAUGGCUCUGUUUCUGCGUUGAGUCCUCCUACGUUGCCGAGUUCUCUGGCUAGUUUCUUAAAGCAGUCUGAUAGUAGGAAGAGGCAUAAGAAGUCGCAUUCUGGUGCUGAUAAGAAGUCCUCAAGACAGAAUGAAAAGGCUCGGGUUAGAAACAUUUGGGAUGAGACCGAAGUGUAUUUUAGGGACUUGGGGUUGGAAGAUAUUGAUACUUUGUUUGACGUUUCUUCCCAUAGCUUUUUAGCAGCAAGGAAGUCUUUCUUCAUUCCUUACGUGGGAAAUGAGCCUAGUGUAAAUGGGACUUCUUCAACUAAUGUGGAUGUGGAGUUAGGGGUGAAGGUGGAACCGAGUUGUGGAGACACUGUGGCUGUGAAGUUUGGUAAUGAUAAUGGCGUUGCCAAAGAUGAUUCGAAAGAGGACAAUGUGCAUUUUAUGGAAAUUGACAGUGCAGGAGCUGAUUGUUUGAUUAAGGAAGAGAAAGAGACCUCAGCUUCAGAUUCAUCCAGCGGCACAGAGUGGCUUUUAGGUUCUAGGAGUAGGGUUUUGUUAACUUCCGAGCGCCCGUCAAAGAAGCGGAAGCUUCUUGGGAGUGAUGCUGGCUUGGAGAAAAUCUUAAUUGUCCCUCCAUCCAAUGACAAUUCCUUUCUCUGCCACUUUUGCUGCGCGGGAGACACUAAAAAUGAAUCGAACAAAUUAAUUAUCUGCAGUUCAUGUAAGGUUUCUGUUCAUCAGAAGUGCUAUGGUGUACUGAGGGUUGUUGAUAGUUCUUGGAUGUGUUCUUGGUGUGAACAGAAGAAGAAUUGGAGUGAUGCGGUAAAAUCUUGCGUGCUUUGCCCAAAGCAGAGUGGUGCUUUAAAACCAAUCCAGAAGAGUGUGGAAAAUGGGGAGUCAGUGGAGUUUGCUCACUUAUUUUGUUCUCUAUGGAUGCCUGAGACCUAUAUUGAAGACUUGGCUACCAUGGAGCCAAUUAUAAAUAUGGAAGGAAUAAAGGAAACCCGGAGGAAACUGGUCUGUAACGUAUGCAAGGUGAAGUAUGGUGCCUGUAUUCAAUGCAGUCAUGGAACCUGCAGAACUUCAUUUCAUCCCAUAUGUGCAAGAGAGGCAAGGCAUAGAAUGGAAGUUUGGGGAAAACAUGGCUGUGAUAAUGUUGAAUUACGAGCUUUUUGCUCAAAGCACUCAGAUGUCCAGGAUCACAGCAGCUCCCUGCAAUUACGAGAUCGUUGUACAGCAGGCAAUGACUCAGAAUUUGCCAAUCAUCCUACAGGGGCAUCACCAAUGGAGAAAUCUCAAAAGUUGAAGCUUGGUGUAAAAAAUGGAGAUAGAAUUGCAUUGCACAUAGAAACUCCUGAUAACAGUGCUGGUGUAUCUGGUGAUACUGAAUCACAGAAUGUGGAAUUAUUGGAUUCUAGAUUAAAUGCUGGAGUGGCAUCUGAAUGUGAUGCGCAUAUUGAUGUAGGGUUGACAGAGAGGGGUAACACUGAAGACAUUAACAUAUCUGACACCCUUAAUUUAGCAUUGGUUUUGAAGAAGUUAAUUGAGCGAGGGAAAGUCAGUUUUAAAGAUAUAGCAUCAGAGAUUGGCAUCUCUCCUGAUUCAUUAAGUGAAAAAUUAGAUGAUGGUAACCUGGCACCUGACUUGCGAUGCAAAUUAGUAAAAUGGCUUAGAGAUCAUGCGUUUAUGGGUACCUCACAGAGAAAGUUAGGCAGAAUAAAAUCUUUGGUUUCAUCAAGGGAUGGAAGUGGGACAGAUGAUAUUUCCAACAAUGUAAUGGUCUCAGAGGAUGAUAUAAAAGCUUCUGUUGCUGUUAAGUCAGUUCCCCCACGGAGAAGAACCAAAAAUAAUGUUGGGAUUUUGAGGGAGAAGAAAGUUACAUCCUCAUCGGAUGAAAGUUUGAGUGGCAAUGGGACAGUGGUUGAGUGUAAAGAUGAGCACAUCAAAGGAAUAUCAGAAGAUUCAAGUAAAGCCUCUAUUUGCUCAUUCACAAAUCAAGUUGAUUCAGAUAAAGGAAGCCCCAUUUGCUCAUCUGUGAAUCCAGUUCUCCUCGAUCUCAUAAAAGCUGAAGGAUGUUCUAGUAUGUAUGUUCAUCCCUAUAUACAGAAGCUGUUUAAGAUGCAGAGUUUGAUGCUUUCUAAGAACAGUCUACAUGGAGGCAAAGAAGACAUUUUUCAUGACUUAGAUGGUUCAGGGAAUGGAUAUGCCUCCCACAGAGAACUGUCUUGCAAUGGAAUCAUUUUCUGUAAUCAUAAAAGUCAACUAUUGACGUGCAACGAUGUGAUCUGUCAAUCUGACCAACUAGAUUCAGAGCAGCUGGUCAGGGCUGAGAAUAUGGGUGUUUUGGAAUUAUCUCCUGAAGAUGAAGUAGAAGGAGAAAUCAUUUAUUAUCAGCAUAGGUUGCUUCGUAAUGCAGUUGCAACAAAUUGUGUUACCAAUAAUUUAGUUCAUAGGGUUACUAAAACACUACCAGAGAAGAUUGAAUCAUCAAGGCAGCAAAGAUGGGAUGCUGUACUUGUUAAUCAGUAUCUUCAUGAGCUAAAAGAAGCUAAGAAGCAGGGUAGGAAAGAGAAAAAGCAUAAGGAGGCCCAGGCUGUGCUUGCUGCUGCAACUGCUGCUGCGGCUGCUUCUUCUAGGAGUUUAUCAUCCAGAAAAGAUGCCUUAGAAGACCCUGGUCAUCAUGAGAACACAUUGAAGCUGAAUGCUUCUAGUGGGAGGGCUGGUGUUAGCUCUCAGCCAAUGCCACGGGCAAAGGAGACACUUUCGAGGGUGGCUGGUCCUAAGAUUUCAUCAGACAAGUACUCUGAUUCUAUUCUAUCUGUGUCAGAUAUUUCUAAAGAGCAUCCUAGAUUAUGUGACAUCUGCAGACGUUCUGAGACAAUAUUGAAUCCCAUCUUAGUCUGCUCCAGUUGCAAGGUUGCAGUACACUUGGACUGCUACCGCAAUGUUAAAGAAUCCACUGGUCUAUGGUGCUGUGAAUUAUGUGAAGAAUUAUUGUCAUCUAGGUCCGCUGGGGCUCUGUCUUUCAAUUUCUGGGAUAAACCUUUUCCUGUAGCAGGAUGUGGUUUAUGUGGUGGCACUACUGGUGCUUUUAGGAAAUCCAUUGAUGGUCAGUGGGUCCAUGCAUUCUGCGCUGAGUGGGUCCUUGAAUCUUCAUACAGGAGGGGACAAGUAAAUCCUGUUCAAGGAAUGGAGAAUGUUUCUAAGGGGAUCAAUGUUUGCUGUAUAUGCCAUCGCAAACACGGUGUGUGUAUCAAGUGUAGUUAUGGUAAUUGUCAGACAACAUUCCAUCCCUCAUGUGCCAGAAGUUCCAGUUUCUUCAUGAAUGUGAAAAUUGGUGGUGGGAAGUUGCAGCACAAGGCUUACUGUGAAAAGCAUAGCUUGGAGCAGAAGGCAAAGGCUGAAGCUCAAAGGCAUGGAAUUGAGGAGUUAAGACACAUGAAGCAAACUAGGGUUGAAUUGGAGAGGUUACGGCUUCUCUGUGAGAGAAUUAUCAAACGUGAAAAAUUGAAGAGGGAGUUGGUUCUUUGCUCCCAUCAAAUUCUUGCUUGCAAAAGGGACCAUGUUACGCGUUCAUUGCUUGUUCACAGUCCAUUUAUCCUGUCAGAGGUUAGCUCAGAAUCUGCAACUACCUCUCUCAAAGGCCAUCCAGCUGGUGGUUUCCGAUCAGGCACUGAAGCUGUCCAACGAUCAGAUGAUGUGACAGUGGACAGUACUCUUUCUGUUAAGCAUGGAGCAAAGUUUCCUGUGUCCAUGGACACUGAUCAAAGGACUGACGAUAGCUCUACUUCCCAAAACCUGUUUGCUCCAAAGCCAACAGAGAGGGUGCCCUUCUCUGGGAAGCAAAUCCCCCAUAGAUACUCCCUUGCAUCCCGUAAUAUUUCAGAUGGUGGAGGAUGGAGCUCAACAUCAAGAAAGCAUAUUGAAACUUUUGAGAAAGAGCUAGUGAUGACAUCUGAUGAAGCAUCUAUGAAGAAUUCACGGUUACCAAAAGGAUAUUGCUAUGUUCCAGUCGAUUGCCUUCCAAAGGAGAAGCAGACCACUCCUGGCGAAUCACUGGAGCACAAUGGAUAGAGCAAGGUGAAUUCAUCAGUUAUGAUUUCCUUGCUGGAGGCUUCAGACAGCCUUCUUUGGCCUCCAUCCCCAGCCUAACUGCUUUCAGUGCGGUGGAUCCUGAUUUAUUUGAUUACAGAGCAGGCUGGGAGAAUUAAUGGUGGAGAUGAGGGUUUGGGGCGAUUUCCGCCUUUGGGUGGGAAGUUUUGGCGUCAUUUGUUGUAUAUUCAUUGUGAGAGUAAAUGUACAGUGGGAAUGGGAAUGUAAUGCAAGAAAUAGAGUGGGACAAAAGCUAUCUGCUUAUCAAAAAGGUGUUGCCUGCUGUGCUUGUUCUGUAUAGACUACAGAGUAUGUAUAUAUUCUUUUACAUCAGAUCAAAUUGAUAGAUAAAAAGCACAUCUUUAU